UCAUAACACUCCCAGACGCAGGUGUAGACCAGGCUACCUUUUCAUAUGCUCUGCACUCUUCUUCGAUCAAUACCUACACUUCGAGACCAAGGAGCUUCGGGAGGAAUUACCAGCCGGAGAAUGGUUUCGCAAUGUUAAUUGAUAUUUGGUGCGGUUAUUUUGUUCUCUCUCAUCCAUACUUCCCGAGCGCAAAUGACUUGACAUGGAUUGUGGUCGCAGUUAGGGACUUUAUUUGUGAAAAAUAGAGGAAGAAUUUAACACGAUGACUGACCAGUACAGUAUGUUUCUUACCACCGCUCCCCCUCUGAGAAGAGGAAGCACACCUCUACCAAUCAAGCACCAGCUGAGGCGGGAGGAGGCCGUAUCAGAGGACCGUGAUUGGAUACCAGGGAUUGACAAACCAUCCACACUGCCAAUCAGUGACACUCUUUGCCAGGAUGAAUCAUUUGGUCAGGCGGCGGAGGGCUAUCAUGGGAGUGCUAUAAGGAUCGUACUACUUGGGCAGAAUGGGGUUGGAAAAUCAUCGCUGGCUCUGUCCCUGGCUGGACUGUCAGACAGAUCUCUUUCGGUGGACUCUGAAACAGCCUGUGGAGAAGGCUACGAGCGCACAGUGUCAGUUGACGAUGAGGAGAGUUCAGUCAUCAUUUAUGACAACUGGAAACAGGACCUGUCCACGCUGCAGUGUGAGGUGGUUGUCCUGGUGUUCUCGGUGACUGACAGGAGGAGUUUCCAGCGCACUGCACAGCUCCGCCUCAUCCUCAGGGAGUCACUGCCCCACACUCCCAUCAUCCUCGUGGGCAACAAGAGUGACCUUGUCCGUUGUCGAGAGAUCAGCACAGAGGAGGCCCACUCCAGUGCCAUGAUGUAUGACUGCCAAUAUCUGGAGCUGUCUGCCUCCCUGGACCACGGCACCACCGAGUUGCUGGAGGGGGCAGUGAAGGCUGCCAGGGGUGACUGCGUGGGGCCAGGCUGGACGGAGGGGGACCCCGGGGCGGGGCGCAGGGAGAGCCUGACCAGCAAGGCCAAGCGCUUCCUGACUGGCCUGGUGCCACGCUCCUACGGCCGAGGAGACAGGGACCGAGGCCAAUACAGGGAGAUGAGCAGGCACAGGGGGAGCAAGAUCCUCCGACAGAAAUCACGCUCCUGCCAUGACCUCAGUGCAAUGUGACACAUCAGACAGACAGAGAGAGGGGAUGGGAGGUGUGUGAAACGUGGAAAGAAUGAAGGAGGACAACAGGGGAUGGGAGAUAAGUAAUGGAAGGGGAAAAUGAAUAGGAGAGAGAGAGAGAGAGAGAGAGAGAGAGAGAUGAAGUCAUCAGAAUUGCGAGAUGAGAUGGAUACGAGACGACUCAUUACGCAAUGAGAGACAAAAAAAACAAUGAAGAGUGAUAUUGGAGAAAGAUGAAUGAAUCAAGAAGGAAAAUGUGCAAGAUGGAAAAGAAUUGCUCACAAAUGAAUACACCCAAGAGGCAUGUCGUGUCUGAUUAUGUAGAGACUGAUAGAGAUCUAAUAUAGACCUAAUGAUUAUGUAGAGACUGAUAGAGAUCUAUUGUACACCUAAUGAUUAUGUAGAGACUGAUAGAGAUCUAUUGUACACCUAAUGAUUAUGUAGAGACUGAUAGAGAUCUAUUGUACACCUAAUGAUUAUGUAGAGACUGAUAGAGAUCUAUUGUAGACCUAAUGAUUAUGUAGAGACUGAUGGAGAUCUAAUGUAGACCUAAUGAUUAUGUAGAGACUGAUGAUAUAAUGUAGAGCUAAUGAUUAUGUAGAGACGGAUAGAGAUCUAAUGUAGACCUAAUGAUUAUGUAGAGACUGAUAGAGAUCUAAUGUAGACAUAAUGGUUAUGUAGAGACUGAUGGAGAUCUAAUGUAGACCUAAUGAUUAUGUAGAGACUGAUGGAGAUCUAAUGUAGACCUAAUGAUUAUGUAGAGACUGAUAAAGAUCUAAUGUAGACCUUAAGUCCCUGUUUAAAAGCAUGAUGUUACACAGUGAAUAGAUUUGCAGUGAUAAGACUUGCCCAGUAGGCUCAUGUAAUUAUAAUAACAACGUCCUGGAUUUACUUCUUAUUGGCCGGAAUUUAUGGUAUACUAUCCCUCCCCUGUGAUCUCCAAUGCAAUGCCCUUUUCAAAAGCCUCAUCUUGCACUUUUUAUACCGAUCAGAUUUAAUGUCGCUGCUGCAUAAUCCCUUUAUAUCAGGUAUUGCUUUUGGAGAUUAUUUUUUUCUGUAGAGCAGGUAGUGCUCAAUAAUCCCAUAGAUGAGAGAACUUGGUUGGAGCAGGUCAUAUAUUACAGGAGCUAUUUUGAAAGUGAAUGUAAACUCAAGUCUUGCGGUUAUAUGGAAUCUGGCCACUUAUCCCACUACACUCUCCUUUACAUUGACUCAAUGCUAAACAUCCCUGCACUCAAUCAUGAUCCUAUUUAAUUGGGCAAGGAGAUUUUCCUCACCAGGAAAAACUACAGGCUCUACUUAUAUAUAUGCAGCUACUGCAGAGCCUAGCAAUAAGUAAAUCGCUCUAAAUUAAUAGAAGUAAGGAAUUACUUGUAACUAGGGCCCAGACCUAACAGGGAAAACUCUGGCAGAACCCACAGACUGGCAGAACCCACAGACUGGCAGAACCCACAAACUGGCAGAACCUACAGACUGACAGAACCCACAGACUGACAGAACCCACAGACUGGCAGAACCCACAGACUGGCAGAACCCACAGACUGGCAGAACC